AUGGAAGUUUUCUUAAUCAUAAUUAUUAUUCCAAUAAUCCAAAGUGUUGUUAUUGAUCAACAAAAUCUAAACAUAUCUGAAACGGAUUGGAAAAUUGAAUUGGUAUUAGCACACGAAGAUUGUAAUAAGUUUUACAAGAAUUACAACGGAAAACCUUUAGAGGUGUUAUGUCCUAAAGGUCUUUAUUUUAAUAUAAAUUAUUUACAAUGUGAUUGGAAACAUAAAGUUAACUGUAAUGGACGUCGUACCCCAGAAGAUCAAAGAGAUGAUAUAAUAACAAACGAUGCUGAAUUGGAAAUAGAUGAUGUAGAAAAUGAAGACAUUGACGUUGAUAGUGAUAACGAAAUUGUUAAUACGGAUUUAGAUUUCUUUGAGAAUGGAUGUCCUAUGAAUCCAUUGAUACGUUGGUUGUUACCUCAUGAGGAUAAUUGUAAUCAAUUCUACACUUGUUUUAUGAGUAUUAAAGUUAAAAGGCAAUGUCCACCAUUCCUACAUUUUAAUAGGAAAUAUCAGGUAUGUGACUGGCCGAGAGCUGCUGGUUGCGCUUUAUGA